GAGAAGCAAACGUGACCAUUGCCCAUUGCCGAGACAGAAACCGAACAAGCAUGGCGGAAAUUAAGUUUGUUCAAUAUUUAUUGGAUGAAGAGAAACUUAUUCUGAAAACGAUGGAGUUAUUUCAGAAAGAAGUCAACAAGCUCAAGGUCGAAGAGAUGUGCCUGCUGAGCGCACUUCGUGAUAAGCAGUUAGCAGAGCGAUCCGCUGGGCGACCUCUGCAAGACGAAAAACCGGCGGCGGCUGAUUUGACGGAUUGCAAGACUCAAGCGCAAGACAACGAGGAGCCCACAAAUUCCGAGUUCAUUGACCUGCGAGUCGACAACGUCCUAAGCGCACCAAUGGAUAUUUCAAGCCCGCCUCGAGAAGACAUCAUUGAAGAGGAAGACGAUGAGAUGUAGAGUGCGGAUUGCCGCCGACUUCGUGUAAAAUGAGUGAUAUUUAUAAAAAUAAACUUCACGCA